GGAAAAAGGCGUAGGGUCCACUUUCACACCCUCUUCUACGUCUCGUGAACAAUCUUAUAUCGACAAUAAUCGGGUUGAAGUCUUGCGGCUCCUUUUGAUCCUCUUAUCCAAGCAGAUAUACUCCUCUCCUUCUUCAAUACUUCAAAAUCCCUCAAAAUAUACGCACUAUCUCGUACAAAAGGUCUCAAGAAAAUCCGUCCUGACAGUUUUGUGCUCCCUUAUCAAUGUCAUUGCCAACUUUUCGUCUGCUCCUCCACCUGGUACACCAACCGGUGGUAUUGGUGCUGGUAUCGCAGGAGUCGGGAAAGGGAUCAGUAAAGGGCUCAAUCAACUUCCAUAUACACAGGUUUGGAAGGGAGAGGAUUCCCGAGAGAUGCUGGUAUGCACUGCUGCCCAGGUUUUGGUGGUCGUACUCGAUUAUCAGAGUGGGAAUGCCAGGGACAUACAGUCAGCGUCUUCUAAUACCGCUGAACCUUAUUCCCCUGCUCCCAUUGCAGGAGCAGCCCAUCCUAAUCUGGACCUUCCCUAUGGCCAGAAUGUUCCAACGACGCCCAGCGCUCCAACUCGUCCAGGAGCGCCAUCUCCUAAAACCCAUCACUUCCGAUACUUCUUAGCUAAGAUCCAUCGACCCGCUGAUAUGACAUACCUUCUGGAUGGCAUUCUUGGAGUAUUAGGAGAAGAAAUUCGUAAAGGAGGUUCGUUACUUGGAAUAGGACUAGGUGCUUUGCAAGGGGUUGGGGUGAAAGCAGCAGGCCCAAAAUCUCCAGGAUGCGCUCAGGAAGUGCUUCUCAUAUUAUGGAAGCUGCUGGAGGUCAAUAAGAAAUUCCGGACACAUGUAAUGGAGGGUGAUCGAGCGAUGGACGUCAUGGCCUGUAUUCUUGCAUACGGCCUAGAGCUGAAAGAUAAACCUAAAUCGAAUGGUGCCUGUCGAUGCCUAAGCUAUAUGCUUCAGUUCCUAUCUGCAGAACCUGGAUUUGGUCCACAACUCUCAACCGUCCCCAUUCGGAUAGCCUUACCCACCAAAUGGAACGUGUCGAUCCAUGCCAUCAUAUCUGCUGGUUCUGCUACCUCUACAGGGGAGACUGCCCAAAACCCAUUGAACAACUUCUCAACUUCCUACCCGGCAUUCAUUAUCUCCCUUGCAAAUGCAGCGCCUUACCUCAAGAACAUCAGUAUCUCUUCGAGCAAUAAACUCAUGGAAUUGUUUACAGCAUUUUCUGAUCCAAGAUUAUUGCUAGCAGACGAAGGAAAUCCUAGAUUGACCCGUGCUGAUUCCAAAACUGACAUCAACGAUAGGCUCGACGCUUUCAAUUCCAUAAUUCUUCGCCAUCCGUCUCAGAAUCCCCAUCUCCUCUACGCAAUGCUCCGUUCCCAUGUCCUUUUCGAGGACCUUGGGACCUUCAAUUUAGCCCGCGGCCUACGGGAUAUCAAACGUCGAGAGGAAGAAGAAAGAAACAAAAGUUUAACCUCUCCUACUCAUGCUAAAGGUAAAUCCCCCACUCGGGGAGAAGAUACAACUGGUCAGCAAGCACAUGAGGAAAAAGCUCGCCUUCUCGCCGCCGAGGGGAUUGAGCCUCACUCUAUGGGAGGAGACAUAGACAGAAACGGAAUUGACGCAUCAUUAGGGAGUAUGAGGAUCUCGUCACCUCCUCCCACUAGUUCAAGCAGUUGGGAGGGAGAGGGCGCUGCUGGUACUAGUGAUGACGUAUCACAUAUCUCAGAGAAAGCUAGAGGGAAGAUGAGACAGAGAAAUGAAAGCUUAGAUGUCACUGCUGAGCUAGCUGCUGCUGCUCAGAUUGGAAGAAAUGGCUUCAUACCUACUCAGGAAUGGGUGACCUCCUGGCAGCAAGGGCUCCCCCUUGAUCCCAUCUUGCUCGCUAUCUCUGAGCUUCUACCAAAAGUUCAGCAGAUACAAUCGUCAAUGAGCAGAACAACCGCCAGCCCGGCCGUUAUGGAUUUCUUAAAAGUGGUAGACCUGAAAGCGGUAUUACCUCAGCGACAAAUCGUCACCCCAAGACCCUUCAUAUGGACAGACUCGCCUAUGGAAUGGAACGAACGUCCGCCUGUUCUAUGUCAAGCAUGCGCAACCUCAAGGCCGCCAGAUAACAGAUACCGUCUCCAAUGUUGUGGGGGGCAUACUGGGUCGGAGUGA